AUGAUACGACGAUUCGCGACAUCGACAGCCGCACGCCAUCAGAGGACGCCACUGAUUAAAUUCCUGGGCCCAAGAGCUGCUCUUGCUGGUUGGGGACACGCACACGCUUCAUCGUCUCAACAACCAAGUGCAAGCUCGUCAUCGACAUCAAGCAGUACAUCCAAAGCAUCAAAGGACACCGUCUACUAUGAAGACGAGGCUGAAUUACCCACUCGCUUCAAACGGAAACCACUCAAACAAGCGGAAAUGGAUGCCAUCCAAAUAUUAAAUCAGUGUAAGUGGCCAAAUGGACCUCAAAUGCCAUCCCUGCCUUUCAAACAUGCUCGUUGUCCGGCCCUUUCGAAGCUCUUUGCUUCAUCGCCCUUCCAUGUCGCAAAGAGUCAAAAAGUGUAUGCCAAGAUUAAAACCAAAAAUAGUGCUCCACAAAGGUCGUUGCGGAAUUCUAAACAGUUUGAACGUCAUUCCGCCGCAUCACCCAGUGGUGCCACAUCUCCCAUCGUUUCAUCGUUACAAAGGAGCUUGGAGUCUCGAUGCAAUGGGUUUGCAAGGUUCGAGGAGGGAACAAUCGCCUUUGACAGGCUGCCACCAGACCUAAUGGAACACGUCAAGAACCACAAAACGUAUCCAGUUCACAAGAUCUGGCUAAUUGACUCUGGGUACUGCAUCUUGUAUGAGGACGACAGCGUCGCGUUUGCAAGACUAAACCCAGAUCUCUCCACAUACCUCGCACAAUUCCAAUCACCAUCGUGUGUCGACAAGCUACGCUUCCUCGCCGUAGGCCCAAAAGGACAAUACAUCGCCCAAACGACAUCUGGCAAGAUCGAAGUAAAGCAAUAUGCAGGUGCCAGUAUCAACUCUGAGGUGCUGGAAGUCAUAGACCAGCACAAAGGAACUGAAGAUUGUCUACUAAAAACUGUUGCGCUGGGGUUUGAUGAUGCAAGCCAGUAUUAUAUAAAAUUCGUAGAUGAAGCUACCGCAUGGCAUCUAGACGAUUCUGGGAUGGAUGAGAUGAUACUUCCCGAGGGUGAUUUGCCACAGGAUGAUCGGAUUGUAGAACAGCACAAACCAUCUAGUACAGAAAAGGUGGUCAUGAUCGCACCGCUAGAUUUGAUCUUUACGAAAUCUAGUAUAAGUAGACGGUUUGCUUGCGGCAGGGACGUUGAGACGACCAUGAGACAACUCAAGAAGGGUGAUUUAGAUGUGGACGAUUUGCCCCUAGUACGUAUCUUUUAUGAUGAAGAGGGAUUGCCGUGGUGUAUGGACAAUAAGAGACUGUUUGCCUUUGUUCAGGCUGGAUUAAAGCGUAUUCCGGCAAAGGUUGUUAAUAUGCCAGGUGAUUGGCACUCUGCACCACAAGGAAUUGAGUUGAAAGAGUUACCUACACUGCCGACACAAUGA